AUUAUGUUUUUAUUUGUUUACAAUUAUAAAUGUAAUUUAGCUUCAGGGAAGGUUAGAUAAGGGUUAUUUACAUUAUUUCCGUCUCUUACGUACAUUACAUGUAAUUUUAAAAUUCGACAAUUUACCCAACCAUGAAGAGUCUGUCAAUUAUUUCUUUAUGCUUUUUGGUUAUGUUUAUUGUUUAUUGUUUAUGUUUAUGUUGAUGUCAUAUUCGUGGCUGUCUAAUAAUUAUUUGUAGCCUGCAAUACAAUACAAAUAAUCCGUUACCAGCGAAUCAAAUAUUUGCAGCCUGCAAUUCAUUUUUUUUCAGCAACACAUAUUUCAUUUGUCACUAACAAAAAAAAAUUGUCACUGACAAAUAAUUCGAAUGAAAAUUCACCUCAUGUCAUUGUCUACGAACUCCCCAACAGAUCAGAACAGAUUAUGAAAAAUGGGAAGCUCUAAAUGGUGUUUUACAAUCAAUUUUAUCAUACUACUAGGUUUGGUUUCAUCUGCCCUUGAACCCGCUGACAUAGUGAUCGUCGUUUUAAGUCAGACUGAUGGCUAUCACCAGGCUCAUGCAAACCUAUUGAAAGAUACUGUAAUUAAUGAAGCUUCAGCCAUGGACAUGCAGCCCCCGAAUUUUUUUCUUACUCACGAACACAAUAUUCAUGGCUCUUGGACAAUUUUACCUCUGAUUUUGCCACUAUUCGAUAAGUACAAUCAAGCCAAAUGGUUUUUGUUCUGUCUGGAUAACACUGCUAUUAGACUGAAUAAACUUAUCAAAGUUCUUUCACGGUUCCAAUCAAAGCAAAAAUUCUUCAUUGGUCAUGCACUGUAUGAUCAAGAACCAACAGUAAUUCAUCAUUUUGCUGAUCAAACAAAACAACUCAAGUACCCAAACACAGUUUCUGGUUUUGUUAUUAGUCAAUCUCUAGUUGCAUCACUCAAUGACAGAUUGAUAAAAGAUGGCUUUCCUGAAAACGAUUUUUCCAUUGAUGCAUCAUAUGAAUUGUCAAAGUUUAUAUACAACAGCGGUGAAGGUAUCCGAUUGAUAAAUGUACCAGAAUUUUGUGUUGUCUCAGAGAAAAAUUGUGCGACAUUUCCAAAAGUUUUCCAUUCGUGUAGUUCGUCUAUUUCAAGAGAAAAUAUAUUUAUUGCAAUAAAAACAUACGAUAAAAAUCAUUCGACGAGGGUCCCAAAAAUAAUAAAAACCUGGACCAAGUAUGCAAAAAAUUUCGGCUUUUUCACGAACAAAGCAGAUGUAAUGCUGCCACAUUCAAUUGUUGUACCAGAUACGAGUGAAGGACACUGUGAUAAAACUUAUGCUAUUUUGGAAUACGCUCAAAAAAUAAUGUCCAAAAACAAAAUUUAUUGGCUUGUAAUCACCGAUGAUGAUACACUUAUCAGUGUUGCAAGACUUACGCGUCUACUGACUUGCUACAAUCCGAAAAAUCUCGUAGCACUCGGUGAACGUUAUGGAUUUCGAGUUGUUUCAUCAGAUGGUUUUGAAUAUUUGACUGGAGGAGCCGGAGUUGUACUUUCAGCUCCACUCGUUGAUCGAAUAAUAACAUCAGGUGCUUGUGAAUGCCCAUCAUCAACCACUCCCGAUGAUAUGUUUUUAUUUGGAAAAUGUUUUGCUCGGAUCAAAGUUAAACCUAUUCAUUCGGAACUUUUUCAUCAGGCUCGACCAUCAGAUUAUGCUUUAGCAUAUCUUGCAUCACAAGAACCAGUAUCUUUUCAUAAAUUUUGGAUGAUAGACCCAAUUAAAAUGUAUGAAGAGUGGUUUGCAGAAGCAGACAGCGUGCUAGAAGACAUACCUUUUUUACGUAGUGAUUUAUAA